GAAGGUGGAUCAGCUGAUUGUCAUUGUGUGCGUCACAAGGGUUACUUAUUUUAACCUGUUUUCUGCCUUAGUUCAUCGUCGUUAUGCACUCUCUCUGUUCGGAAAAUAAGUAAUAAAGAUGGAACCUGACACGGAUAAGUUCUGGUACGUCCGCAGUUGCGAUUUAGAUGCGGAAAUCCAGGUCAAAAUAGGAAAUUUAGACGGGAAACGAGAUAAUCCAAAUUAUGAAGCCCUGUUGAAGGAUUCGCUCCUAAAAUAUUCGGGUUUAUACCAGGCAGGAUGCUCUGACCUGUACGUGACCUGCCAGGUCAUCUGCGAUGGACGUCAGCUGACCUUGCCUGUCAGGACGUCCUAUAAAUCUUUCUCCGCCAGGUGGAGCUGGAACGAGUGGCUGACGUUGCCUUUGAAAUUUAGGGACCUUCCACGUAAUGCCCUUCUUGCCCUUACUGUCUAUGACUCCUUAGGACCCCGGAGGAUCGAGCGCGUAGGAGGGACCACCAUAUCCUUUUUUGGAAAGCAGGGUGUUUUCCGCCAAGGCCUGCAUGACCUCAGACUCUGGCCUGGUAGGGUAGGAGAUGAGACAACUCCAGGUAAAGGUCAUGACAGGGGUAAGGACCAAAUGGUAAGGCUGGCAAAACUGGCAAAGAAGCACCGAAAUGGGCAGAUGAUGAAGGUCGACUGGCUGGACCGACUGACCUUCCGUGAGAUCGAGGUCAUCAACGAGCAUGAAAAAAGGUCUUCCAAUGCAAUGUAUCUCAUGGUUGAGUUCCCUCGAGUUGAGCAUGAGGGUGUCAUCUAUUCUGUUGUGUGGUGGGAGCGUGGGGGUGAGGUGGAGUAUCGACACCGUUCAGCAGGCAGUGUGGUACGAAUGCCUGACCCAGAGAUAGGCCUUGAGAACUUACAGGAAGCCAAACACCACCGUCUUGCCAGGUCACUAAGGUCAGGGGUAACCGACCGUGACCUCAAACCCAACCUAGCUAUUCGUGAUGCCUUGCAUACUAUUGUUGACUACCCUCCCACAAAACAACUCACAAGUGAUGAGCAGGACACUGUCUGGAAGUACCGGUUCUACCUAAGCUCGCAGAAACGUGCACUCACAAAAUUCCUCAAGUGUGUGAACUGGAAACUCACUGGUGAGGCCAAACAGGCCAUUGAACUCCUCAAUCGAUGGGCACCCCCAGAUGCUGAUGAUGCCCUAGAGCUCCUUGGACCGGGCUUUACACACCCUGAAGUACGAAGAUACGCAGUCAAGCGCUUGAGCCAUGCAUCUGAUGAAGACCUCCUCUUAUAUCUCCUCCAGUUAGUCCAGGCUCUAAAAUACGAGGCUAUAGAAGGUGUUGACACGAGUCUCUGUGAUGUUUCUCAUUAUGAUGAGAAUGAGGAGCAAGAGGAAGAGGACGAUGACGAAGAAGAGGAGGGGAUGAUGAAGGGGGAAGAAGCGAAGGAGGAAAAGAAAAUUGGUAAACGACCACAAGAGCAAGGAGGAAGAGGACUUUUAGGAGAAGAGAUGGACAAAGAUGAAGAUGAUGAUGAGAGUGAGGAAAGUGAGAGUGAUACAGCGACUCUGAAACAAUCAGGCUCAUCUUCACUCCUAGCUGAUGUUGAAGGCGGAGGAGUGGAGAAAGUAGAAGACAGAGGAAGUGAAAAAGGAGAAAAAGGAAUGACGACAACGACCUCAAAUGACAGUGAUCAAGACCCCAAAACCGACUCAAUGGAAACCCAGAAAAUAUCCCCCACUACCCCCAACCAAACCCAAGACUCCAAUCAACUCCGUGACCCCAAGCUAAUUGCCUCCAUGGACAUUGACCCCAAAGGCCUUGAUCUUGCCUCUUUCCUAAUCCAACGAGCAACAAAAAAUCCCACACUGGCGAACUACCUCUAUUGGUACCUCAUUGUUGAAUGUGAAAGAGAUGAACCAGGGCUCAAGCAUGAAGCAAAGGUUGUGGAGAUGUAUGAGUGGGUUGUGCGGCGAUUCCGUGCUGCACUGUGGGCUGGUGGGCGUGCUGCCCGUGCUACGCGGCGUGAUCUUGCUCGCCAGACCCACUUCCUUGAACAGCUGGUCGCACUCGUCAAGGUUGUAGCCAAAGAGAGUAACAGAGUUCGGAGAAUUGAAAAACUCCAAUCCCUGUUAGCUGAUCCUGCGGCUUUUAAAGUGAAUUUUUCAGCUUUCAACCCCCUGAGACUGCCCUUGGACCCUGAGGUCAUCGUAACAGGCAUAGUGCCAGAGAAAGCAACGUUAUUUAAGUCGGCCCUCGAACCAUCACGCCUAACCUUCGUGGAUGUUGAAGGGAAAGAAUAUGUGGCUAUUUUCAAGCAUGGAGAUGAUUUAAGGCAGGAUCAACUGAUUAUACAGAUGCUGACCCUGAUGGACCGUUUAUUGCGUCGUGAGAACCUAGAUCUACGCCUGACACCAUACAAGGUCCUGGCCACAAGCAGUAGGCAUGGAUUUGUGCAGUUCGUUGAAUCUCUUUCCGUGGCUGAGGUUCUACGCACUGAAGGCAGCAUCCUCAACUUUUUCCGCCGCCAUGCUCCUUCUGAAACUGGACCCCAAGGCAUUUCUUCUGAGGUUAUGGAGUGUUACAUUAAGUCCUGUGCGGGAUACUGUGUGAUGACAUACCUCCUAGGGGUUGGAGACAGGCACCUCGAUAAUCUGCUUCUGACGAAAGAUGGAAACCUCUUUCAUAUCGACUUUGGGUAUAUUUUAGGACGUGACCCCAAACCGCUUCCACCACCAAUGAAGUUGAGCAAAGAGAUGGUCGAAGGAAUGGGCGGACAGCAGGCAGAAUCCUACCAUGAGUUUCGUAGGCUGUGCUACACGGCCUUCCACCAAUUGCGUAGACAUGCCAACCUGAUCUUGAAUCUCUUCUCCCUUAUGGUAGAUGCAAAUGUGCCUGAUAUUGCCCUAGAGAAUGACAAAGCAGUGAAGAAAGUAGAAGAUAAAUUCCGUUUGGAUUUGAGUGAUGAAGAGGGAGCCAGUUUCGUCCAGGGGUUGAUAGACGACUCUGUGAAUGCGGUUGUGGCUGUGGUGGUGGAGCAGUUGCACAAGUUUGCUCAGUAUAUUCGGAAAUAGAAGGGAUUUUUCCUCUAUGAAAUUUCAAUUUUUUAAAACUCCCAUGAUCUAAGUUCUUGUCUUGAUUUCUCUUUAUUUUUUUGCCUUCCUUUUCCUCUCAUAUCGUCCUGUUUUUCUCUUUCUCCAGUUUCAUGGAUAGACAAACUUUGCCAAUGCUGUUGUGGCUGUGAUGGUGGAACUAUAGAUUUUUGCACAAUGCACCAGAAAAUUGGAAUUUUCUGUGCUUUUGAUUUGUACAAUUUUUUUUCUCUUUGCUUUUCUUUUUUUUCUUCCUUAUUUCCUAAGAUUCUUGUUUUUCCUUGUCUUGUAUUUCAUUUUUCAUUUUUCAUCUUCCAGUGCUUAAAUUUUAUCAGAUAGCUGAUACAUAAUUACAAAUGGUAUUGUGGCUGUUGUCGCACAGAACAGCUGUAUAAGCUUGCUCAGUACGUAAGGAAAUAUUGUAGUUUUUUUUCAGGAGAUACUGUUACUUUUGUUUUUCAUUCUUUUUUGUUUUUUAUAUAUAUACAUAUCUAUAGUAGGUCUUCUCUCUUUUCAGUUUUAUUUCCUUUUGUGUGUGUGUGUAUCUGUGUAUAUAUUCAUCUGUGCAUGUGUGUAAAUAUUAACAAAAAUUGUUAAGAAAGGAAACAUCUCGAGAAGAAAGCAGUCAUAUGAUAUAAUGAGUAAAAAUAUCUUUAAUUUAUUUAGUUGAUAAUAAUAAUUACUGUAUUUUUUCUGGUGUUAACUAGAAUAUAAGAAAUUUUCUAUGGAAUAAAAAUGACAGUUGA